AUGGCGGCACGAGCUUUCACUUCACUGCUUGCCGUGACAGUGCUGGUCCUAGUUUCCUCCACAAUGCCUCGUGUUAUGGCCUCUGACCCGGGUCCUCUCCAGGACUUCUGCGUUGCUGAUCUGAUGAACCCUGUGUUUGUGAACGGGUUCGUGUGCAAGAACCCGAAGCUGGUGACGGCGAACGACUUCUUCCGUCCCGGCCUCAACGUCCCAGGGAAGCUAAACGCUCAGGGCUCCGCCGUGACGGCGGUGUCGGUGCUGCAACUUCCUGGCCUCAACACCUUGGGCAUCUCGAUGGUGCGCAUCGACUUCGGCCCCAACGGGCAGAACCCGCCGCACACACACCCGCGCGCCACGGAGAUCCUAACCGUGAUCAAGGGCCAGCUCCUCGUCGGUUUCGUCACCUCCAACCAGCCCGACGGCAAGAACCUGCUCUUCACCAAGCAGCUGGUGGAGGGCGACGUGUUCGUCUUCCCCGAGGGGCUCAUCCACUUCCAGCUCAACAACGGACCCAACCCCGCCGUCGCCAUCGCCGCGCUCAGCAGCCAGAACCCCGGUGUGAUCACCAUCGCCAACGCCGUGUUCGGGUCCACGCCGCCUAUUAGUGAUCUGAUCCUCGCCAAGGCGUUCAUGACCGAGAAGGCGACGGUGGACUGGAUCCAGUCCCAGUUCGCGCCGGCGCUCCUCCUAGACCUCACGGCAAGCUCCGGGGUGGCCUCAAUCGUUGGCUUCAUGCUCGACGCCGGCAAGCAGUCGAGGAAGAAAUCGAGGGCUAGAGAGAUGCUGAGGGGAAAUGGAUGGUUGGAUGAGAUCAAGGGGUGCUCGGCGGUGCUUUUCCCCUAUUUAUAG